AUGUCGACAGAUUCCGAGUCAGAUUACUUUGAUGAUGAUGACUUCGUAGUCCCUGGAACCCCUGAUGAGCCCUCCCGUCCCGCAAAGCGGCGCCGCAUUCGAAAUCGCGGGGAAGAGCGCGAAGAUCAAGAUGACGAUUCCUCAAUCGACUCGUUCUUUGAUAUGGGCGAUGACGAGUUACCCCCUGGGCGCCGAGAAUCACCUCAUCAGGAUCGCUCCAAAAUUAAGAGCUGUGUACUGAAGCAACCCAGUGUUCAAAAUGACAUGUUUGUCACGCAACUCACGCAACCUUCCUCAAGUCCGGAACGAAUACGGGGCGCACGGUGGCAGAAGCCUACAGUGAGGCCCCCUCCGCCAAAAUUUGAAACUAGAAGACAAGAUGGUAGUGGUGGACAGGAGAAUCAUCCCCAUGAUGAUGAAGAGCUGCUGGCCGCUCUCGCAGCUUCCUUAGAUUCAUUUGAGGAGGAGAAAACAACCAGAGCGGUAUACCAACCCUCGAGUUUGUCAAGCAAUACUGUUUCGAAAAAGAUUGUCCUGCCAGAAAAGACAGAUACGCAUCUAUCGGCGGAUGUGCUGUUUGAGCUGGAGGACAUACCGGAAGGUGCAUUCGAUUCUUCGCCAUCAUUGUCACCAGUAGCGCGAUCAGCCCAGCCUGCAGGUCCACAAUUUAGUCAAUCCCGAGGCCCAAUUAGAGGACCUCAUCUCAGACAGACUACAUUAUUCGGUAUGGCCACUUCAAACCCUGAGGCCUCGGAACCGCGCCAACAAGAUUGGGGCCCGUCAGAGAAGACUGAACCACCGACCCAACACAAACUUGUCAAAGAUGCUUUGGAUACAUGGGUCUACCCUACGAACUUGGGCAAAACCAGAGACUACCAAUUCAACAUCACUCAGGCAGGCCUGUUUCAUAAUUUACUCGUGGCCUUGCCAACAGGAUUGGGAAAAACAUUCAUAGCGGCUACAAUUAUGCUCAACUGGUUUCGCUGGACGAAAGAUUCGCAAAUUAUUUUUGUAGCACCAACGAAACCCUUGGUUUCGCAGCAGGUAUCGGCCUGUUUGGAUAUUGCCGGAAUUCCACGCUCGGAGUCGACCAUGCUCACGGGAGGGGCAUCACCGGGUAUUCGCGCCGAAGAGUGGAAAUCAAAGCGGGUGUUUUUCAUGACACCCCAAACACUGAUCAAUGACCUAAAGACCGGAAUCGCCGAUCCCAAGCGAAUUGUGUUGUUAGUCGUCGAUGAAGCUCAUCGCGCGACUGGUGCGUAUGCAUAUGUGGAGGUAGUCAAAUUCCUUCGGCGCUUCAACAACAGUUUCCGCGUGCUCGCACUCACAGCAACGCCGGGAUCAACAGUCGAAUCGGUACAGUCGGUUAUUGACGGCCUGGACAUAGCACGUGUCGAAAUCCGUACAGAGAACUCGAUCGACAUUCGCGACUAUGUUCACGCUCGUAAUAUCGAAAUUGAAACAUUUGAGAAUUCAGAUGAAAUGAUUUUCUGUAUGGAUCUCCUAUCUGUGGCCCUGCAGCCCUUGCUUGACCAACUCCGGACUCUCAAUGCCUACUGGGGACGUGACCCUUUGGGGCUGACUGCGUACGGUCUUACAGUGGCGAGGCAACAAUGGAUGCAGUCUGACGCUGGCCGGAAUGCCAAUUUCGGCUUGAAAGGCAAAGUCAACUCCAUUUUCACUGUUCUUGCUAGCUUGGCCCACGGUAUCGAUCUCCUCAAGUACCAUGGCAUCGUGCCAUUCUAUCGCAAUGUCAUCCAUUUCAAAUCAAGCUCCGAGGGACAGAAAGGCGGAGGUGGUAAAUACCAAAAGCAAGUUGUACAACAUGAUAGUUUCAAGAAACUACUCAGCCAUCUUGAACCAUGGAGUAAGAAUCCAGAGUUCAUUGGGCAUCCGAAAUUAGAAUAUCUCAAGUCAGUGAUUUUGAAUCACUUCAUGGACAGGGGUGAAGGGAAAGAGUUGCCUGACGGCACUAGUCAGCCCACGACUCGUGUCAUGAUCUUUGUGCAUUUCCGUGACAGUGCUGAAGAGGUCACGAGAGUGCUCAAAAGAUAUGAGCCUAUGAUUCGUCCUCAUGUUUUCGUGGGUCAAUCAAGCGCCAAAGGCUCUGAAGGUAUGGACCAGAAGACACAACUCAGAACCAUCGAGGAUUUCAAGAAGGGUACAUAUAACACAAUCGUUGCUACCUCCAUCGGCGAGGAAGGAUUGGAUAUUGGAGAGGUCGAUCUGAUCGUGUGUUAUGACUCGUCGGCGUCGCCAAUUCGUAUGCUGCAGCGCAUGGGUCGAACUGGCCGUAAGCGGGCCGGUAACAUUACUCUGCUAUUGAUGAAAGGCAAAGAAGAAGACUCCUAUCUCAAGGCCAAAGAUAACUACGAGAGGAUGCAGCAAAUGAUUGCCAGUGGCUCCAGGUUCAAGUUUCACGACGAUCGUUCUGCACGCAUCUUACCCGCGGGCAUUCGUCCAGUUCCCGAUAAACGACAUAUCGAUAUACCCCAAGAGAACUCGCAACAAGAACUGCUGGAACCGAAACGUAAAGGGCGAGCACCGAAGCGACCUGCCAAGGUGUUCCACAUGCCCGAUGAUGUGGAGACAGGGUUCACUCGAGCCUCGAAUUUGGCUGGCGACAAACCCCAGAAGAAGAAGGCCACUGUAACCAAAAAGGCAGCCACCCCCAAAAAGAGACCCCGGGCCCCCACACCCGAGCCUGUAGAUGUUCCGUCGCUGGAGGACGUUGUUCUUAGCACGAGUGAGCAAAAUGAUCUUGAGCAUCAUUAUCAAAACAUCGGUGCUACUUCUCCGCAAUUCAUCCGAUUCCCUCGCAACGACGCCUUUCCACGUUUGCAACGCAUUGAAAGACCCACAAAGGAUGUGAAGCAUGGGUCUCUCACGCGACGCAUGGUAAAAGCCUUACAGAAGAUGCACGAGGCUGGCCCUGAUUGUGAUCGUCGAUUCAAAGAGAUUUUGGCCCGCGAACCGCCUUCGCCAGACGAAUCCAGUCAGACGCUUCAGAGGGAUUCAGCCAAGAAGCCUGGGCGGAACCCAAACCCUUUGAAAACACCGUCUAAAAAUACUGCUCAACGAGCUUCCAUCAAGGCCACUCUCACCCCCGCUGGCGGGGAGGUUGUUUCUUUGCUGUCUCCAGAUCGUGAACACAAUCAGAAGAACGACCCCUUUACCUUCAUGGAUGAUGACGAUGGCUCGGAUUUUGAGUUGAUGGAUGCCAGUCUUUUGUUUAGUAGUGGGUCUAAAUCGAAGAGUCGGAGACAGAACAGACCAAUUAUUGAAGAUAGUGACGAGUGA